CAUUCAUCAUAAAAAUAAAAUGAAACGGUCUCUUAAAGACCACUCUAAACGUAAUUAUUCUUAUCUCCUCAAAAAAUCCGAAGCAAGUACUCUCAUUUCUUCAAAUAUUUAUGAUUUAUUGUCCUCUAAUGAGACAGACUGUGACAUUCCUCUUGCUGGUCCUUCUUUUUCUAAUCCUGGUGGGUCUAGAAAAAGAAAAAAUCUUUUUCCUUCGAAACUUCCCAACAAAGGUCCUUAAAUAACACUUAAUAAAAAAGUUAAUAUUCCCAAAUUCAAUCAUGAUGUUGAAAAUUUGAAUCAAACUCCUCCUAAAAUUUUAAACCUAAAUUCAACACAAGAAUUCCCACCACUAUCACCCAAAAACUGUAAUAACUCAUUCACACCUUCAGUUAAUCAAACAAAAUCAGGAAUUCUGAAAUUUUCUACUGUAAUAAAUUGGAUCCUUGAAUCAUUAAACAUACCGAACCCUCUUAAAAAAAUUAUUCUUUCACUACUCCCUGUUUUCAAAACAUUUUUAAAGCAGCUUACCUUUCAAUGGCCCCUCAUUUCAACAUUAAUAUCCUUCGAUGACUAACUUAUCGUCCGAAACUAAUGAUUUUAUACAUGUUUUACAAUGGAAUUGCAGGAGUAUCAUACCAAAACUAGAUUCGUUUAAAGCUAUGAUUAAUAAUUUGAAAUGUGAUGUGUUUUCUAUUUGUGAAACAUGGCUCACUUCAGAUAUCAAUCUCAAUUUCUAUAAUCACAAUAUCAUACGAUUAGACCGAGAUGCUCCUUAUGGAGGUGUACUUUCAGGGAUAAAAAAAUGUUAUUCUUUUUAUAAAAUUAACUUACCUUCGAUUCAAGGCAUCGAGUCUGUAGCUUGUCAAAUUAAAAUACAUGACAAAGAUCUCUGCAUUGCUUCUGUAUAUAUCCCUCCUAAAGCACUAAUCGGACAACGAAUGCUCUCUGACAUUUUUGAACUUCUACCCUCACCGCGUUUAAUAUUGCGAGAUUUUAACUCACAUGGUGUAGCUUGGGGUUCAUCUUACAACGAUAAUCGCUCCACCUUGAUAUAUAAUCUUUGUGACAAUUUCAAUAUGACUGUUUUAAACAAUGGAGACAUGACACGUGUUACGAAACCACCGACUCGUCCAAGCGCAUUAGAUUUAUCAUUAUGUUCAACGUCAUUGCGAUUAGAUUGCACCUGGAAGGUUGUUUGCGAUCCUCAUGGUAGUGAUCAUUUACCAAUUUUAUUUUCAAUUAACAAAGGGCCAAAAAUUACUCCAUCAGUUGACAUUCCGUAUGACCUUACAUUAAAUAUUAAUUGGAAAAUUUAUAAAACAAAAAUUACAGAAGCUCUAGAGGCAGUACAACACCUUCCGCUACUUCAAAAAUAUGAUUUAUUUGCGGGUUUAAUUUUGAAUUCCGCAAUACUAGCCCAAAAGAAACAAUAUCUUGGCGUUUCAACUAAAAGACGAACUCCUACUCCUUGGUGGGACAAAGAGUGCUCAAAAAUUUACAUUAAAAAAUCUAGGGUGUAUAAGGUUUUUCGGAAAAAAGAAAAAAAUCGAAGACUUUGUACGAUAUACAAAGCUAGAAUCCAUGUUCAAAAACUUGAUCAAAGCCAAAAAACGUAGUUAUUGGCGACGUUUUGUUAAUGAGCUUUCUAGAGAAACAUCCAUGAGUACUCUUUGGAACACUGCUAGGAGAAUGAGAAGUCGAGUUGUGGCUAAUGAAAAUGAAGCAUAUUCAAAUCAAUGGAUAUUAAAUUUCGCAAUAAAAGUUUGUCCAGACACUGUUUCUGCUCAAAAAAUUACUCGUGAUGUUUUUUCUGAACAAUCAGUAAUGGAACUACCAUUUUCAAUUACCGAACUAUCUACUGCCCUUCUUACUUGCAAUAAUAAUGCCCCUGGUCUAGAUAAAAUUAAAUUUCAUUUACUGAAAAAUUUACC